AGAUAAACAGACUCGUUCCUAACUCAGGAACCGGUUAGACAGCAAACAGAUAUACCUCUACAUACAGGAGUAGAGAACAGGCUGGCCAACAAUUUCUCUUGUUUCUGUCGGGAUGGAAACGGAUGAAGCGAUGGCAUGCCAUCUUGUGCAACUCAGUAACCCAUGCGUUGAGUGGUGCUGUGCUGCGCACGGGUAAGGGUGUCACUAGGUUAGCUCGCCCACCACACGACGGCGAGGCUUACUGCGAGAGGCUGACAGACUGAGACGUAAGACAGCGGAUCUUGAGGCUGCGGGUUGUCAGUUUCCGAACCGAAAUCGACUCGUUUCUUCCUAUCCACGAGAAAUCCAGUAUCUACACAGUAAUUCUGGAGCUCUGAUUAUCAGUUACUGGUUUUUACCGGGCUGGAAGUCCAGUACGUCAUGUUGUAGGCGUCCGAAUAAUUGAGCACCAGCAAGUGUAACUAUGACCGGAAGAUAAGUCACAAAUCGAUUUCAGAAAACGUGCAAGAUGACUUCCGCUGAGACAGAAUCAACGUGCAAACCAGUUAUGUUAGAGACCACCACGCUAAAGAAGGGGUUACUAUGGCAACAGAGGGAUAAAUUCUUCAGUCGCUGGAAAGAGCGGUAUUUUAUGUUAACACUGGACUACUUAGCCUGUUUCAAAAGAGGUUCAAAAGUGGGGACUUCAGAGAUGGGAAGUUUUCUUUAUAAGGUUAAUCUGGCAGACAUUGAUGGUCUUCAGUGGGCAGACAAAAAGCGAGAUGGAGUCAUUGCAAUAAGGGUUGGUCAAGAAGGCCAGUUGCUGUUAUGGUCACCUCAGGGUUUGGAUGAUUGGAUGUUCUCUCUGCGAAAUGCUAUGAGUCGCAGCAAGGGGAGGCGAGAAGUCCUCCGAAAGUCACAGACCUUGGUGCCCCAAUUGUCUGAUGCUGGUUUAACAAGACGCCAUCUGUUUACCCUGCAACACACACUGUCUGAGAGCUCUGUAGAGUCUCCCGUGAUGCGUCGCCGCAACACCAGCAUGGACCUACAUCGUUUAAGUGACCUGCGUCCUGUAGCAGAGAGACAGAUAACUCCGCAGACCGGAAGAUACUCAGAUGAAACUAGCGGUCCUAACGACAUUGAGUCUAUCGAUGAGAGCAGUCUUGGCAUUCCCUUUGAACUAGACUAUCAAUCUCCAUCUCGUCUGAUCCUUGCCCCGCGACUCGCACCUCAGUGUUCGGGUGGUUCUCACUCUUCACUUAUCUCAUUAGGACGAGGUUCCUUGCGAAGCCACUUAGACAGAUCAUCUCCACGUUCGUUGCAGGUGUCACCAGCUCUCUCUCAAAGAUCUCUAUAUGCCCAACAUAUACUCUCCAACCCAGAAGUCCCUCCUCCCUCAGACUCCCGACUUCUAAAAACUGGCGUAUCUUCAGCCACUUCUGAAUUUUCAUUUAUUCAUCCAGAUUCUCCUCUGACCAGUGUGUUCAACAGAGGGAGUUUGAGUCAAGCUCAGCAAGAGAGAAAUGCAGUAUUGAGUGGAAAGAAGGAAUACACUCAUCCCAUCUCCUGUUCUUCAAGUGAAACAUCUCAGAUUGAAAGUUCUCGAAGUACAGGACCUCCUGGAGAUGAAUCUCGUCCAUGCAGCAUCCAUGGUCAACCUUUACUGACCAUAGAAAAAUCUGCAUUUUCUACUCAGCCUCCUGACAUAAUACCCCUAACAGUCAAUGGACAGCCAGUUUUCAAGCAGCCCUACAAACGUAGGAUAAGAGCUUACAAUAGUGUUAAGUCAGACUCUCCAUUUUUUAAUGCUAAACUUACAGUAAGCAACAGCAGUCCAUUGAAAGGCUCUUUAGGAAUAAGGUGAUAUCUGUGAUAUAAAGAUAUCAUUGUUCUUGGAAAAUUGAGAUCUACCAAUAUUUAAAUGACAUGGGAGUACAAGUCGUGUUGGUGAUGUCACUGGUUAACCUGUAAAUUUCCUUACCAGGAUUUUACAGAUGUGAAACUUUUAUAGAAAAACGAAUAUUAAGUUUACAUGGAUUGGUUUUUUGAAUGAAAUUUAUAAACAACAUGUUUGAAAUCAAAACAUUUUUUUGCCAUCAAGAUUAAUAGGUAAU